CCUCUUGGACCCUCCCUCACCGUUCUCCAAAUUUGUAUUCUGUCUCCGCUUUCUCCUUUGCUGGUUUGGGAUUCCUCCCCGUCGAUCUCUUUCGCCUAAGCUUGUGCCCGGCGGCCGGCCGGGCGGUCGUCGACAUCCUUCUUCGUCCGAGCGCGGGCUAGCUCUCGGAAAUGGCGACGCCGCAGAACAGAGGCCGGCCGCUGCCCAAGUUCGGGGAGUGGGACGUGAAGAACCCGGCGUCGGCCGAGGGGUUCACCGUCAUAUUCCAGAAAGCCCGCGACGACAAGAAGACGACCGGCCCCGGGCAGUCGGGCAUCCCGCCGGCCUUCAGGAACAACUACAACGACGGCGGCAGCAGCAGGUCCGGAUUCAAAUCCGGCAAAAGCUACCAGUACACAAGGGUGCCGCCAACGCCCAGGCGAGUCAAGAAGAAGUGGUUCUUCUGCUGCGGCUGCUGAUCCUGACGCCGAGCUGCUGCCGUUGGUGAAAGAGAUCCGAUGUUGUGCCACGCCCGAAGUGCAUAGCGGACGGGAGCGCGCUACUGGAGACGGUGAAAUGUUUUGGAGAUAACGGUGUUCUGCUCCUGCUCGCGCGAUUGGCACAAUUGGCAUUGCACAGCAUCAUGAUUGACUGAUGAUUCCUAUUCAUUUGUAUGAAUCAUUUCGAUCGAAUAAAAAGGGGAGGAAACCAGUGGAGAAAA